UUACGACAGUACUGCUCCCCCAGGUGCCUCGGCCCGCCGCCCAUGGCUCUGCUUUCGGCCGGCGAUGCUCGGUCGUAGCUCCGAUGGGGAAAGGCUGCGUCCCUCUCCUAAAAUGAAACGAGCGGCAUCUCCGAGCGGGCGGCGGGAGCCGCUGUUACGCCUUUCGGAGUUGAGCAUGGAGGGAGGUGAAGCAGCCACCUGAACGCGGAAAAAACCCAAACAGACCGAACAAAGCCCAACAACAAGUAGUUCUCGCCUGGCGGGGAAGCAGGGAGAGCGGCCGGGAAGCGCCGUCCUCCGCCAACCACCACCGGAGUCCGACCGAGAAGCGGAUCCACGUUUUCUCCUCUGGCCAAGGCAGCAGCUCGUCCGCCGCGGACCUGCCGGCGACCCCAUCCCCGCCGCCGCCUCCCGCGCCCUCCUCAGUCAUGUCCGACCCGGAGCGAUGGGGAAGCUCGAGGACAACGAGAGGGUGAUCCUCAACGUGGGGGGCACGCGGCACGAGACCUACCGCAGCACCCUGAAGACCCUGCCGGGGACCCGCCUGGCCCUGCUCGCCUGCGAGUCCCAGAGCGAGUCCCCGGGCGGCGAAGAGCCGCCGCCACCGCCGCCCUCCAACCCCAACCCGCCGCCGGCGCCGGCGGGCGGCUGCCCGGAGCCCGGCACCGGCUGCAGCCCCCGGGGCAGCGGCGGCGCCAGCGAGUUCUUCUUCGACCGGCACCCUGGGGUCUUCGCCUAUGUGCUCAACUACUACCGCACCGGCAAGCUGCACUGCCCCGCCGACGUCUGCGGGCCGCUUUUCGAGGAGGAGCUGGCCUUCUGGGGCAUCGACGAGACCGACGUGGAGCCCUGCUGCUGGAUGACCUACCGCCAGCACCGAGACGCCGAGGAGGCCCUCGACAUCUUCGAGGCUCCUGACCUGCUAACGGGCGAGCCGCCCGCCGACGGCGACGACGACGACCUGGCCGCCAAGAGGCUGGGCAUCGAGGACGUGGGGUCUGCCGGAGAGGGGAAGGGAGGGCGCUGGCGGCGGCUGCAGCCCCGCGUCUGGGCACUCUUCGAGGACCCUUACUCCUCACGGGCUGCCAGGUUCAUCGCCUUUGCUUCUUUAUUCUUCAUCUUAGUUUCAAUCACAACCUUUUGCCUGGAAACACAUGAGGCUUUCAAUACCAUUAUAAACAAAACUGAGCUGGUCACCAAUGGGACAGAAACUGUGCUACAGUAUGAAAUUGAGACAGAUCCUGCCUUGACCUAUGUGGAAGGAGUCUGUGUGGUAUGGUUUACAUUUGAAUUUUUAGUACGUGUUAUUUUUUCCCCUAACAAACUUGAAUUUGUCAAAAACCUCCUGAAUAUCAUUGACUUUGUGGCCAUCCUGCCCUUCUACCUAGAAGUAGGCCUGAGUGGGCUGUCCUCCAAAGCUGCUAAGGACGUGCUUGGUUUCCUCAGGGUGGUAAGGUUCGUGAGGAUUCUUCGAAUCUUCAAGCUCACCCGGCACUUUGUGGGCCUCAGGGUGCUGGGGCACACUCUGCGAGCCAGCACCAAUGAAUUUUUGCUGCUGAUAAUAUUCCUGGCGCUUGGUGUUUUGAUAUUUGCCACCAUGAUCUACUACGCAGAGAGGGUGGGAGCCCAGCCUAACGAUCCGUCAGCGAGUGAGCACACACAGUUCAAGAAUAUCCCUAUCGGCUUCUGGUGGGCUGUGGUCACCAUGACCACGCUGGGGUAUGGGGAUAUGUAUCCACGGACUUGGUCAGGCAUGCUGGUGGGAGCCCUGUGUGCUCUGGCAGGGGUGCUCACCAUAGCCAUGCCGGUGCCUGUGAUAGUUAACAAUUUUGGGAUGUACUACUCCCUGGCCAUGGCAAAGCAGAAACUGCCAAGGAAGCGGAAGAAGCACAUCCCUCCUGCUCCUCAAACCAGCUCGCCCACCUUCUGCAAGACAGACUUGAACAUGGCCUGCAAUAGCACACAGGGUGACAUCUGCCUGGGCAAGGACAGCCAGCUGAUGGAACACAACAGAUCAUCAGUGUUAUCAGGUGAAGACAGUGCAGGAAGUGAGCAACCACUCUCACCUGGUGAAAGGCUCCCUCCCAUCAGACGCUCUAGUACAAGAGACAAAAACAGAAGAGGGGGAACAUGUUUCCUACUGACAACAGGUGAUUACACGUGUGCUACUGAUGGAGGGAUCAGGAAAGGCUAUGAAAAAUCUCGAAGCUUAAACAGCAUAGCUGGCUUGACAGGCAAUGCUCUGCGACUGUCUCCAGUAACAUCACCCUACAGCUCACCUUGUCCUCUAAGGCGCUCUCGGUCUCCCAUCCCUUCUAUCUUGUAAAGCAGAUGGCAUCAAUCGGCUACAUAGUAUUAAUUCAAAUACUGUUUACCAC